AUGGAUCCACAGAAACAGUCGGAGCAUGACAGCAUACGGGACUCCAUCGUUGCCGGUGCCAGCAGACCUGGCCCACCACCGUCAGAGUCGAGCAGUACGACGGCGGAGCCAGCACAUGGCCCCAAGCCAGCCAAGCGUCGACGUAUCGCCAUCGCAUGCACGACAUGCCGAAUACGCAAGUCCAAGUGUGAUGCAGGCAGACCGAGAUGCUCCACCUGUAGAGAUUACGGGACAGACUGCGCUUAUUCCCCAUCGGGACCGCUGAAUGGUGCCACGGCGUCCAGAGAACAUUACGAGUCUGUAGAGACACGCCUUCUGGCUCUCGAACGAGCUCUCACUGGACUGAACAGCCGCGUAGAUGGCAUUGAGCGUCAGAGGGCUCGCACUCCACCGUCGCCCCAGCCGGUGACGGUGGCCGCUGACGACGAGGAUCCGGGGGAAACAGUAGCGUCCCAAGAUCCUACCGACGGUAUCGGAACCAUUGUGUUUACCCGCGACGAGAACUUUGGCUUUUUUGGCCCCUCUUCCAACAUUGCCUUUAUCCGCUCCAUCGUCGCCGCCAUAACGGCCACCGUAGGUCGCAGACAGACGGGCCAGUCGCCCGACGAGACCCGCAGCGUCGAGGCCUCCAACAACCGAGUCCUCCACGUCUCGCGGCCCCCGUCGCCCGCACGCCAGGGCCCGUCCAGCCGGCGGAGCAGGGCGAGGGAAGGCUCCGCGUACGACCUGCCGCCGCCCGGGGAGACGCUGGACCUCAUCCAGAGCUACUUUGCGACCACGGGCCUGCUGUUCCCCUACAUCCACGAGGAGAGCUUCCUGGACACGUACCACGAGGUGGCGGCCUCCCGGUUCCGCAAGGGGCGGCGCUCGUGGCUGGGCCUGCUCAACAUGGUGCUGGCCAUGGCCACGAGCGUCACCCUCGGCAACACGCUCGAUGCGCCCUCGCGGAGGCUCAAGUCGGACGUCUUUUUCUCUCGCGCCCUGGCGCUCUGCGAGACGCAGAUUCGCUGCGCUGCCAGUGUCGAUAUCGUCCAAUUCCUACUUCUUAUGAGCCAGUAUCUGCAAGGCACGGACCGCUCAACGCAGACAUGGAGCGUUCAUGGACUUGCUGUCAAGGCCGCAUAUCAUCUGGGGCUCCAUUCGCAAAUGGAGUUGAGACGCUACACACCCAUAGAACUGGAGAUACGCGCGCGCACUUGGUACGGAUGCGUCAUCCUCGACCGAACCCUCAGCAUGACCCUUGGUCGCCCUUGCUCUAUACCGGAAAGCCACGUCAAGUUGAACCUACCCCGUCCGUGGCCAUCCAGUGGGAGCGUUAAUGGUGGUGCACAGGCGGAGGCCAGCCUGAAAUUCUUUAACGCAACCAUCUCCCUGUACAAAAUAAUGUGGAACGUCAUCGACCUCCUCUACGAAGGCAACCUCGGCUGCGAGGCGCCCAAAAACAUCUUCGACAUCGCCUCGCACCUGCUCCGGAUCGAGCACCAGCUACUCGAGUGGCAGCACCGCCUGCCGCCGACCCUGCCGCUGGUGCAGCCGGGCGAGCUGACCGGCACGCCGACCGCCGCCGUGCCCUCGCCCCUCUGCCGGCUGCGCGUCAUCCUGACCCUCCGCUACCUCAACCUCCGCGUCCUCGCCCACCGGCCCGUGCUGCAGAUAUACCUCGCGGAGCUCGGGGCCGCAACGACGGGUGGUGGAGGUCCACCGGCGCAGCAGCGGCGGCGCGCGACGCUGCACCAGGUCGGCGCCAACAGCAUGCGCCUGUGCGUGCAGUCGGCCGCGUCCAUCGUCGAGAUCGUGUCGCACGUCGUGCGCUCCGACGGCCUGACCAAGCAGAUGCUCGGCGCGUGGUGGUUUUCCCUGUAUUACACAUUCAACGCCGCCCUCGUCAUCUACUCGGCCAUUCUCGUGCAGAACGACCCGAUGGUCAACACGGCGGUCGACAGCCUCGACUUUCGCGGCAUGGACAUCAGGCGGGAUCUGCUGUCGCAGGCGGCCGAGUCGCUGCUACUGCUGGACCGCGGCAACCGCAUGACGGAAAAGUGUGCAAAGUACACGUAUGCGCUGAUGCACAUUUUAGAUUCCCAAUACCCGAUCGAGGGCCCAGUCAACUCCUCGAGUGCCAACCUCCUGUCUCAGCUGCUGCAGAGGUCCAACCCGACGGCUGACGGCACGGCAAGCGUCGCGUUCAACUUUUCCCCAUACGGAGAGCCGCCGCUCGAGUUCGACAUGCACAUGAAUGAGUUUAUGGACAUUGCCGACCUGGGCAUGUUUGACUCCCCCUCGAGCCCGGGCGGCGUCUAUCCGGGACAGAAUAUUUGA